AUGAGUGUUCAGAGCCCACCCACACUCCAGAAGCUGGCAAGGCAGACUCUGCUGAGAAAUGAGGCUGUGAUCAUAUCCUCUCUGGAGGAGCUGCCUACAGUGCUCUUCCCAGCAUUGUUCAAGGAGGCCUUCGAGGGCAGGCACAGCAAGCUUGUGAAGGAAAUGGUGACAACUUGGCCUUUCCCCUGUCUCCCUGUUGGGGCAUUGAUGAAGACACCUAACUUGGAAACCUUGCAGGCUGUCCUGGAAGGUGUAGACAUGCGACUGACAAGAGAUAUUCACCACAGCAAGGGAAAACUUCAGGUUCUGGACCUGAGGAAUGUGCACCACACGUUCUGGAACAUAUGGGCUGAUGAAGAGGAUGGCAGCUGUUCUUCAGAGUCCUUGGAUGACAAUCCGGUAGUGAAGGUCCUUCCCCGAUAUGCACUGAGGCACAAACUGAAGGUGGUAACUGAGCUGUGCCUCAGGCCCCGUCUUGAUGAAGCACAAGCAUGCUUCUUGAAGUGGGCCCAGCAGAGAAAGGACUUCCUGCAUUUCUGCUGUACGAAGCUGAAGAUCUGGGCUAUGCCUAUGGACUUUAUCAGAGAGAUCUUGAAUGUCUUUCACCCAGAGCACAUCGAGGAAUUGGAACUGAACACUGAGUGGAAUGUCUUCCAGCUGGCCCAGUUUGCUCCCUUCUUUGGGCAAAUGAGAAAUCUUCGCAAACUGCUCCUGGCACCCCUCUACAAGAAUGUAUUCAAGAUUGCCAAUAGAACAGGAGAGAGAGAGGACAAGUGUGUCAAGGGUUUCAUUUCUAUGUUCUCAAAAUUCAAUUGUCUCCAGCAUCUCUCCUUGAGUGGCGUCCAUUUUCUUAUAGAUCACAUGGAUCAGGUCUUCAGGAGCCUGAUGACACCCUUGGUGAAACUCUCCAUCAAGCACUACCGAAUUUCACAGAAAGACUUGGAUUCCUUCUCCUGCUGUCAGAGCCUCUUUCACCUAAAACAUCUGGAGAUGAGAGGUGUGACCUUAAGUACUUUGGAUAUUAUGCCUCUGAGAAGUCUCGUGGAGAAAGUGGCAGAUAAUCUUCAGACUCUGGAUUUGCAGGGGUGUAGAAUGAAAGACUACCAGCUCAAUGCCCUCCUACCUGCCCUCACACGAUGCUCUCAGCUCGCCAAGAUCAACUUCUACAACAAUGACUUCUCCAUGGCCAUCCUAAAGGACUUUUUGCAGCACACUGCCAACUGGAGCAAGAUCAAUGUGGAACAAUACCCUGCCCCUCUGGAGUGCUAUGAUGAGUUAGCUCAUGUCUGCAGAGAAAGGUUUGCCCAACUUUGUCUGGAACUCAUGGAUACACUUGGGACAAUAAGGCAGCUCAAGAACAUUUCUUUUGCUACAAAUAUGUGCCACAAAUGUGGUGAGCAGUGUGUCUAUGGACGGGAGAACAGAACUUGUAGUUGCCGGCUGUAA